AUGUAAAAUAGUAAAUAUAAAGAAUUAUAUAAAGAAAUUGAAAUUAUAGGAAAAGGAAGUUUUGGCUCUGCAACAUUAAUAAAAAAAAUAUCUACAGAUCAAUUAUAUGUGGCCAAAAAGAUAGAAUUAUCAAAUUUAUCAUAAAAAGAAUAACAAAAAGCAAAACAAGAAGCAGAAGUAUUAAAAUAACUGGAACAUCCAAAUAUAGUUGCAUAUGAAGAUUCGUUUAUUGAAAAAGAUACAUUAAUAAUAAUUAUGGAAUAUUGUGAAGAAGGCGAUUUAUCAUACCAUAUUAAAUUGUAAAUUGUAAAUAGAUAAAAUUUUCCAGAAAGAGAUAUUUUAAAUUGGUUUAUUUAACUCUCUUCAGCCUUAAUUUACAUUCAUUAAAAAAAAAUACUUCAUAGAGACAUAAAGACAUAAAAUAUAUUCCUAGCACAAAAUAAUACUGUUAAAAUAGGGGAUUUCGGUAUAUCAAGAGUACUUUAAUACACAUAAGAAUAAGCAAUGUCAGUAGUAGGAACACCAUAUUAUAUGAGUCCUGAAUUAUGUAAAAAUCAACCUUAUUCUAGCAAAUCUGAUAUAUGGGCACUUGGAUGUGUUAUUUAUUAAUUAUGUGCUUUGAAACUUCCUUUUGAUGCAAAUAAUUUAAUGGGUUUAAUGUAAAAAAUUAUUAAAGAUAAAUUCUAAGAAAUACCAUAAUUAUAUUCACAAGAUAUGCAAAGAUUAAUAGAAUAAAUAUUAACAAAAGAUGAAAAGUUAAGAUCUAAUUUAAUGGACAUUUUAAAUUAGUAAUUUUGUAAAUAAGUAAUGUAAGAAUUCGUCAAUUUAGAAGGUAACGCUUAGACAAUAGUGUAUAAAAAGACGCAUACCAAUGAAGAAAUUUAGCGAAUGUUAGAUAAGUUGGAUGAAUCAAAAGAAUCAUCUUGUUAAUAUGCUGAAUCUAAUGAUUUUUAUUUAUAAAAUAUUUUAGAACAAAGUGUUGAAUAAUCUCCAAUAAACAUUUAACGUUAAAAUAAAAAUUGA